GUCCGUGGCCAAACACGUACGGGUUUCCCUAGUAUCAGCUGACUCAGGAACAUACCACUCCUAUGCGACCGCCGCUUCCGCUUGAGUUCUCCGGUGAUAAGCAGCUAUAUUAAAAUUCACUGACAGUAACCGACAAAAUAAAAGGUAUUUAAAGCAUUAAAAAUCCAAGAAGUUGUUAAAGUUAACCAGUGACUUUAGCAAAAUUGUGUUCGAGCCGAACACGCCCCGUGAGCUGUGGAAGGUUCCAAAAUGGCGACGGCUCCUGUCAGAGUAGAGUGAAACUUUCCUAUUUUUCUUGUAAUUUUCUAGCUGCUCUGAACUAUUCCGUCGACUGUACUCGUCUCUUUCCCAAGAUAAAGCCCACCGGAACAGGUAUGAGGGCGGUCAUCGCUUGAAUCGAGCUGCUCGGUUCCGUGCUCCGUGUGUCUGCUCUCCACGUCGCCGGGCUUCCUGAAGAAGUUCCCGUUAGAUGACCGAGCUCACGGCGGCUGUUGACAACAGCUUGUUCGGCGUUUAGCUUCAGAACUGGUUUUAACUCUGAUCAUUUCCUUGUUGCUGUAUGACGAACAGUUAUCCUGGCCAAUCAGAUGGAGAAGCUCCAGGACCUGAGCCAAUCAGAGCUGCAGGAGCUCCUGGAUAACCCAGAGAGGGUGGAGUCUAUGGCUUUGGAGUCAGAUGAGAUUCAAAACAUCCAGCUGGAAAGGGAGAUGGCGCUGGCAUCAAAUCGCAGCCUGGCAGAGCAGAACCUGGACAUGAAACCUCGUUUGGAGUCACAGAAGGAGGUGCURGUGGAGAGAUAUUCUCAGCUAGAAGCUGUCAGAGAAACCUACAGACAACAUUGUUCCCUCAGAGACGGGAUGGUGGGUCAGGUCUCUCCAGAGGCGUUAUUCCCAAGAUUACAGACCGAGAGCAGCAAAACGGAUGCUGAGUCAGAGGCUCUGGCUGAUGAGUUUCUGGACGGCUCUCUGCCGUUAGACUCCUUCCUGGAGCGCUUCCUGCUCCUGCGCUCGCUGGCUCACAAAAGACGCGUGCAGAUGGAGAAACUCCAGGAGAUCUUUCGUCAGAGGAGCGAAGGCAGUGCCAGCACCAUGACAUCAUCAGCAGGCCCCGCCCUGAACCCUGCCGUCACACCGUCACCAUGGAGCCAACAAACAAGCACAGCAACGACAACAACCCAGCAGCAGCUGAACUGCAAACCUCAGCCGGCCCCCACAUCUGCAGGGGGCUCCUCUGGGCUGCCCUAUAACCAGUACCCUGUCUCCCCUCCCAACCCUCCUCCUGCAGUGGCAGCAGUAGGCUCCGCCCCCAACAAUCCCCCGUCACAGUUCUACCCAGGCGCCGGCUCGUCRUUCCCCCCUGGGCCCAGGCCUGCUUUCAUGCCUCCUGCUGCAGUCAGCUGUCCUUACCCCGCCCAGCCCUCCUUCCCCACCCCCCACCCUGGCUCUGCCUUUGGCCAGUACACCCCCAGUAACCCCAGCAGUGGUCCUGCACCAUACCCAGCCUCUUACUGUUACGGAGGCUACAGCUACCCAGCUGGACCCCCCUACUCCAGCUCUCAGUCCCCAUCAGGGAGGCCCAUGUACAGACCGGGGUAYGGAGUGUCCCAGCCGUACUCCUGAAGCUGAGCUGCUGCUGCUCUUCACCUGCUCACAAUUCUUCCUGUUUAGUUUCACAGACCCCGCCCACUCCAUCACUGUCCCUUCAGCUUCACCUGCUCCUCCCCUCAACCUGCUCCUCCUCUCAACCUGCUCCUCCUCUCACUCCAUAGACCAGGCAUGGUCAGUCCUGGUCCUGGAGGGCCACAGCCCUGCAUGUUUUACCUGUUUCUCUGCUCCAACACACCUGAUUUGA